CCGCGGCAGCUGCGGAAGAUGAUCCAGCAGACAUUCCAGCAGUAUGCCCUGCUGCGGGAGGAGGAAUGUGUCCUCAAGUUCCUCCACACCUUGGACACCUUCGCACCCAUCGAUCAGGAGACCUUCCGAUGCCAACUCGUUCAAGGAUGGAACAUCACCGUGGACCUGGUCAUCAGCCCCAAGGGCAUCCAACAGAUGACAAGCAAAGAGGCCAAGCCCACCUGCUUGGCCGAGUUCAAGAACAUCACGUCCAUCAAGUGCUCCAGCACGGAGGAGGGUUGGGCUGUGCUGCAGUUGGGGCUCACUGGGACACCCCAGUCCUUGGCCAUCAAGACAUCAUCCCUGGCCGAGGCGGAGAACAUGGCUGACCUCAUCGAUGGCUACUGCAGGCUCCAGGGUGGCUUGGACACCUCCCUCAUCACCUUCCCCAGGAGAGAGAAGGAGAAGAGGAUCAGCCUCCCACAGAUCCCAACUCCACACCUGGGGGAGAGACAGUCCACACUGUCCGACAGCAUCAGUGUGGAUUCCGAGAUCUAUGCUGAAAUCCUGGAUGAGACCCCAAGACCAAGGUCUGGAGUCCAACACUUCAUGAUCUCCCGGGAAGACAUCGCUUUGGGCAGGAUCCUUGGAGAAGGCUUCUUUGGAGAGGUCUACGAAGGGAUCUACACCACCCCAAAUGGAGAACGGAUCAACGUGGCUGUGAAGACCUGCAAGAAGGAUUGUAGCCCUGAGAACAAGGACAAGUUCUUGAGUGAAGCAGUGCUGAUGAAGAAGUUGGAUCACCCCCACAUUGUGAAGCUCAUUGGCAUUGCUGAAGAGGAACCCACCUGGAUCAUCAUGGAGCUCUACCCCUAUGGAGAGCUGGGCCAGUACCUGGAGCAGAACAAGGUGUGCUUGGCCGUGACCACGCUCAUCCUCUAUGCUCUGCAGAUCAGCAAGGCCAUGGCCUACCUGGAGGCCAUCAACUGUGUUCACAGGGAUAUAGCCGUGAGGAACAUCCUGGUGGCCUCUCCCGAGUGCGUCAAGUUGGGAGACUUUGGCCUCUCCAGGUACAUCGAGGACGAGGAAUACUACAAAGCAUCCAUCACUCGUCUCCCAAUCAAGUGGAUGUCACCUGAGUCCAUCAACUUCCGGCGCUUCACCACAGCCAGUGACGUCUGGAUGUUUGCUGUUUGCAUGUGGGAGAUCCUGAGCUAUGGCAAACAACCUUUCUUCUGGCUGGAGAACAAGGAUGUGAUUGGAGUGCUGGAGAGAGGUGAUCGCCUGCCCAAGCCUGACCUGUGUCCUCCUGUCCUCUACACACUCAUGACUCGCUGCUGGGACUAUGACCCCAGUGAAAGGCCCAAGUUCAAGGACUUGGUGUGCAGCUUGAGUGACAUCUACCUGAUGGAGAAGGAGUUGGCCAAGGAGCAGGAGAGGAACAAUCGUCAUAGACCUCCCAAGAUCAUGGAGCCACCAACAUUCCAGGAGCCACCUCCAAAGCCCAGCAGACCCAUGUACAAACCUCCUGCAUCCCAGAACAACCUCCUGGCUCCCAAGCUGCAUUUCCAGGUACCCGAGGGCCUCUGUGCCAGUUCUCCUUCGCUCGCCAGCCCUGUGGACUACCAGUGUCCAAGCAGCUCCAUGCACACUCCUCCACCCAACCGCCACCACGGCUUCAAGCGCCACAGCAUGAGGGAGGAAGACUUCCUGCGUCCCAGCAGCAGGGAGGAGGCCCAGAAGCUCUUGGAGAUGGAAAGGCUGAAGGUGGAGCAGGUGAUGGUCAGGCAGCAGAAGGAGAUGGUGGAGGAUGACCAGUGGCUGCGGCAGGAGGUGAAGUCCCUGGAUCCAACAGUGUUCAUGACCAGCAACAUUCCUCUGCUGCUCCCAGAGAAGGAAACCGAUUACACACAGUUCACAGGGCCUCCACAGAAGCCUCCAAGACUUGGGGCACAGCCCAUCCAUCCAUCCCCCACGGCCAACCUGGACCGCACCAAUGACGUGGUGUACAGCAACGUGAUGGACCUGGUGCGAGCAGUGCUGCAGCUGAAGAACGAGAUCAGCCUCAUCCCCCCCGAGGAGUACAUCCUGGUGGUCAAGAACGUCGGCCUGUCCCUACGGAAGCUCAUCGGGAGCGUCGAUGAGAUCCUGCCCAAGCUCCCUGCGGCCUCUCACGUGGAGAUUGAAGGCACCCAGAAGCUCCUCAACAAGGACUUGGCCAACUUGAUCAGCAAGAUGCGCCUGGCGCAGCAGAACGCCAUCACCUCCUUAAGCGAUGAGUUCAAGAGACAGAUGUUGAUGGCCUCCCACACCUUGGCCGUGGAUGCCAAGAACCUCCUGGAUGCUGUGGACCAAGCCAAGCUCCAGGCCAACCUGGUGAAGCUGUGCUUGGAGUGA